AUGGCGAUGCUUAGCAUGUAUAAUGAGGAAAAAGAAGUAACAAUUUAUGCGACAAGCGAAAAAUUCAGGUAUAACCCAAAAUCGGUUGGUUGUGAAGAUCAAGUUAUUGAUGAAUCUGAUGAUGGAAAUGAGACAGACUCGAUUUGUCCAAGUCAAGAAAGCUAUCAUAGUCUUCAUAGUUCCGAUAAUGAAUACGAUCUUCUAAAUUAUGGUGAAACUUAUGCAUAUAGUAAGACAAAUCCAUUUAUAAAAGUAAAUUCUAAAUUCCCAAGUGUAGUUGUUUUUAGAAGAGCAUUAAAUCAUUAUGCACUAACUAAUGAAUUUGAGUAUGUCAUUGAGAAAAGUGAUUUGACAAGACUUACAGCAUGUUGUGGAGAUAAAAAGUGCAAGUGGAUAAUUCAUGCUUCUCUUACACAAGAUGGUGUUACUUUUGAAGUAAGUAUGAAAUUUGAGAAAUACUACAUUUGUCGACAUUGUUAUUAUGUUAGAAUAACUAUAUGUUUUUAUGCAAUUUUACAAGUUAAGAAAUUUGUAGAUACUCAUUCUUGUACUCGAAGCAACAAGGGUGGUAACAAACAUGCCACUCAAGGAUGGAUUGCUCAUGUUGUAACCGACAAGUUGAAAUCUGAAGGCGAUGUCUCUCCUGCCGAGCUAAAGAAGUGGCUUAUGCAUACUUACAAUGUUGAAGUACCAUAUAUGAGAGUAUUUAGAGGAAGAGAACAAGUUUAUACCGAUAUGUAUGCAUGCUCCAAGGGGUUUCUUGCUGGUUGUCAUCCUUACAUUGGGCUUGAUGCUUGUCAUUUGAAAGGGAAAUUUAAUGGUGUGUUAACCGCUGCCACAAGUAUAGACGAUAACAAUGGUAUGUUUCCAGUAGCCUAUGGUGUGCUUGAGUCAGAGAAUAUAAAAUCAUGGACAUGGUUUCUCAAGUCACUAGAAAAAGCGAUUGGUACACCUAAUGGUCUUGUUAUCUCCUCUGACACGCAAAAAGGGUUGGAAGUAGCUAUCACAGAGGUUUAUCCUAAUAUUGAUCAUCGAGAAUGCAUAAGACAUUUAUGUAGCAACUUCAAGAAACAUUUUCGAGGUGACUUUUACAUGAGAAAGUUAUGGAAUGCUGCAAAUACCUACUCUAUUAGUAAGCAUGACAGAUUGUUAAAUGAAAUUGCUACUAUACGUAGAGAUGCAAUUUCAUACUUGAAUCAGAACCAUAGAAAGAUAUGGAGUAGAAGCAAGUUUUGCACACUUGCCAAGUGUGAUUACAUUACCAAUAAUAUUUCCGAAACUUUUAACUCGUGGGUAGGUGACAUACGUUAUAAACCGGUGCUUGAUCUCCUUGAUGCAAUAAGAGAAAAGGUUAUGGAAAGAUUUGACAAGAAAAAGAGUAAGGUGAAAAAAUGGAAAGGACCACUAGUUCCAAAAGCAAAGAAAUAUCUCAAAAAAAUCAUUAAGAAUUUGGGUGAAUUUCAAGUUUGUAGAAGCAGUGAUAAUAAAGCGGAAGUGAACUACAAAGGAAAUCGUUGGGAUGUUAUAUUGGAUGAGAAAAAAUGUAGUUGUCGAAAAUGGCAAGUUACAGGCCUUCCGUGUGUGCAUGCAGCUGCUUUUAUUGCUUUCACAAGGGAGCCUAGUUGGGAAAAAUAUGUUGAUACAUAUUUCACAGUUGACAAAUUUAAAGAAGCAUAUGCUUUAGAAAUUGGUCCGAUGCCCGGAAAAGAUCAAUGGGUGCAUAUAGACACAGUCGAUAAGAUUUACCCACCUAUUAUAAAACGGCCGCCUGGACGACCUAAAAAGAAUAGAAUUGUAUCACAUGAUGAGUCCAAGAAAAGACACAGAUGUCCGCGUUGUGGUAUGUAUGGACACCAUCAAAAGACUUGCAAAAAUCCCGCACAUCAAGGUUUUGAUGAAGCAUCCUCUAGCAAUAGGAAAGAACCCAAAAAAUCAUGA